GUUGGGGAGGGAACUCGAAAGUCUCAGCGUUGUUAUACUUCAAUGAAAGGACGCGGAAGUAAACAGUCUUUAACGGAUUUGUUUUAUUUAACCUUUAUGAUUUUACGAAUAUGACGUUUUCCUUUUGAUGCGAACUUGCGAAAUGUUGACUGAAAUUAUGAUCUAGUUGGCAAAGCCCUGGCUGGCUGCGUAAAUUUCCCGACCUCUUGUGACUGUCAACGCGUGGCUCUUUACAUGAGAUAAAGGUAAACAUUAACACAUGGUGAAUGCUACGAACUACCGAAACAAGAAUUGUUCUCUCCUCAGCUUCGUGACAGAAGACCGACUGCAGUCCUUCUGCCUCCCUAUUCCAACUCUUUGACCCUUCCACCUCUCGCCAUGGAAGCCAGAGGAAAGUACGAGUUUAAUGCUACGGCUGAGGAUGAGCUGAGCUUCCGAAAGGGAGACAUCCUGAAAAUUCUAGGUAGUCAAGAUGAGUGGUUUAAGGCAGAGCUGCAUGGACAGGAAGGCUUUGUGCCCCAAAACUACAUUGAGAGACAAACCCCAAGCUGGUUCAAGGAGACGGCAAGCCGCAGCUCUGCUGAGGAGCUCCUGAUGUCUAGGGAGGUGGGGGGAUUCCUGAUCCGUGGCAGUCAGAGCUCCCCUGGAGAAUUCUCCAUCUCUGUCAGACAUGAGUUUGACGUGCAGCAUUUCAAAGUGAUGAAGGACAGCAAAGGCCACUACUUCCUUUGGUCAGAGAAGUUCACUUCCCUCAACAAGCUGGUGGACUUCUACAAGAACACCUCCAUCUCCAAGCAACGGGACAUCUACCUCAGAGACGGUAGCCGGGAUGACCAGAGCCCAUCCGCACCCCAACCGUUGAAGAGGGGGAGUCUACCUGAGGAGAGGAGCUAUGGGGCCCCUACUGCAGCCACGUCACACCGCAGGGCCUCAGACCUUCCUCACAGUCAGCAGAGUAAGAGACCUGGGAUGGAGGAGAGGGCUCACACCAUAGGCACCCCUGGUAGAAACACCCCCCUAACCUCUCUCCCAGCCCCCCAAUGGACAUCUGAAACCAUACCUCAUCCACAGAGGGCAGUCAUACAGGUGAAAGCAGUGUACGACUUCACAGCGGAGGAAGGGGACGAGCUAGGCUUCCGUGCAGGUGAUGUCAUUGACAUUUUGGAUCACUCUGAUCCAUCGUGGUGGAAAGGAAGAUUGCGGGGUAAAAGUGGUCUGUUCCCUGCCAACUAUACCACACCAUUAUGAGGAAAGCUUAGAGAGAGAGAAGUCGCUCUUUGGACUUCUCCAAUCAUAUGGACUGUGAUGAUAAGAGUCACACACAGAAACUUCAGCAGCCCAAACUGUAGGACUAAAAAGAAAUUGGUUCACAUAUGAUUUCUGAUAACAUAUGCUCACACAUUUAUUUUUAUUUUAAAGCUGGUGCUCAGCAUGAUACAAUUGACAUGCCUAAAUGACAUUGAUUUAUAAGCAGUGGUGGACUUACCAUUAGGCAGAAGAGGCAAUUGCCUCAGGCCUGACAUCAUCAAGGUGCCUUGUGAGCUGGGCAUAACAAUAAAAUACUAGCAAUCUUCUUUUUCCCCCCAAUAAUGUCUCUGCAUGAGACCCCACAAAUGGUUUAUAAUAAUGGACUAUCCCACCUUGACAGAGUUCCCAUGCAUUGUUUCACGCGAUAUGACUUCACAUUUGACUUCCAUUGUAAUUAAGCUGUAUCAAUGAGGUGCUUGCACAGCAGGGCAGAGAAAUGUGCAAUUAACGCAACCAGUGAAAAUAAAAAGAAAGAAAGAAGAUUUAACAGAAAAAUGUUGUAAGUUAAUGCAUUUCUUUAGUCAAAAGACAAGUGCUGCUUGUAAUACUGACAUUGUCAUCGAGGCAAAAGACAUGUAUGUGUAGACAAUGUAUCUGAUGCAAUCUGGCCAAACAGAGUAUGGCAUGUCAUACGCUGUUUGGCCAGACAGAAUCAGAUACAUUGGAACCAUAUAGAAAGACAGAGGGGCGUUGUUUGGAUCACUAGGAUCAAAUCAAAUCAAGUUUAUUUUAUAUAGCCCUUCGUACAUCAGCUAAUAUCUCGAAGUGCUGUACAGAAACCCAGCCUAAAACCCCAAACA